CAGCGCCCGCCGCCAGCCCGGGCCGGCAUGGACACCGACUACUACGGCGGCGAGCAGUCAGAUGAUGGAGGAGCUACUCCAGUGCAAGACGAGCGAGACUCAGGAUCUGAUGUGGAAGAUGAAGGAAAUGAGCAGCAUUCUGGAUCGGAGAAUGGAAGUGUAGGGCACCAUUCAGAGAAUGAACACAGCGAUGGAGAAGAUGAUGGGCAAGUGGGAGAGCCUCAUAUGACAGACUCUGAAAAUGAAGACAUCCCAAGGCAAAAGGACAGUGAUUCAGAUAAUGAGGAGCCUCCAAAUCACAACGUCAGUGAUUCAGACAAUGAAGCAGCUCACGGAGGCAAAGACAGUGACUCUGAGACUGAGGACCAUCCAAACCGGCACUUAAGUGACUCUGAAAACGAGGAGACCUUAAAUCAUCGAGCGAGUGACUCUGAUAACGGAGAACCUCCCCGGGAUCCCAGCAGUGAUUUUGAGAACGAGGAAUCCCACAAGCAGCCAGGCAGCGACUCGGAGAGCGAGGAGCUCCAGAAGCAGCCAGGCAGCGACUCGGAGAGCGAGGAUGUCGCCAGGCACAAACAGAUAGAGUCUGAGGAGAGCGAUGGGGAGGACAGGAAGGAGGAGGUGCAGAAUGACUCUCAUCAUUCAGAUAAUGAGAAUGCACGGGAAGGAUUUCAGGGCUCUGACAGUGAAGAUGAAGCUCCUAUGAGACGUAAAAUAUCGGACAGUGAUGAAGAUGAGAAAGAGGAGGAGAAGACAGUGAAGAGGAAAACAGCCAUAUUGUCUGACAGUGAGGAUGACAGUGAGAAAACACCUGCAAAAAAGGUACGAAUCCUUUCUGAUGUCGAAGAAUCAGAUAGUGAUGCUGCUUCAGAGAAGUCUGACAAAAGGAAGAAAAACAUUGUAUCAGAUAGUGAGGAGGAGGAAGAAGAAGAAAGAAAAGAGAAUGCUGGGAAGAAGAAAGAAGAGAAAGAUCUGUUUGGCAGUGACAGCGAAUCUGGAAAUGAACAAGAGAACCUGAUUGCAGAUAUAUUUGGAGAAUCUGGUGAUGAGGAAGAGGAGGAAUUUACAGGUUUUAACCAGGAGGAUCUGGAGGAAGAGAAAGGUGAUGGAGACACGAAGGAGACAGCAGAUGAAUCAGACUCUGAUGAUAACAUCAAAAGAGGGAAGCACAUGGAUUUCAUGUCAGAUUUCGACAUGAUGCUGCAGCGGAAGAAGAGCAUGAGCGGCAAGCGCCGGCGGAACCGCGAUGGGGGAACCUUCAUCAGUGAUGCAGAUGAUGUGGUCAGUGCCAUGAUUGUCAAGAUGAAUGAAGCUGCUGAGGAGGAUCGACAGCUGAAUACACAAAAGAAACCAGCACUAAAGAAAUUAACUUUGCUACCAACUGUAGUUAUGCAUCUUAAAAAGCAGGACCUCAAAGAAACUUUCAUCGAUAGUGGUGUUAUGUCUGCCAUCAAAGAGUGGCUUUCUCCUCUUCCAGACCGAAGUCUGCCAGCACUAAAGAUACGGGAGGAGCUCCUGAAGAUCCUGCAAGAGCUGCCCAGUGUGAGCCAAGAGACGCUGAAGCACAGUGGGAUUGGACGGGCUGUGAUGUAUCUCUACAAACACCCCAAAGAGUCGAGACCGAACAAGGACAUGGCAGGGAAGCUGAUCAAUGAAUGGUCUCGACCCAUCUUUGGCCUUACCUCAAACUACAAAGGCAUGACCAGAGAAGAGAGGGAACAGAGAGAUUUGGAACAGAUGCCUCAUCGAAGGAAACUGAGCAGCUCUGGUGGUCAGACUCCCCGCAGAGACCUGGAGAAAGUGCUAACUGGAGAGGAAAAGGCUCUGAGGCCCGGGGACCCCGGGUUCUGUGCCCGUGCGAGGGUGCCCAUGCCCUCCAACAAGGACUAUGUGGUCAGACCAAAGUGGAACGUGGAGAUGGAGUCCUCCAGGCCCGGGACUAUUAAGAGAGGUAUUAGUCGCUUGGAAAAACACAAGAGACGGUUUGCUGAACAGAAACGACUCAGCAAAGUGCAUCGGGCCAUCAAGUUCAGCAUUGAAGGCAACAGGAUGCCCCUGUAGCCAUGCCACUGCCUUCCCAAGUUGGAGAGGUAUCCCUCGAGGGAGGUGUGAACAGUGCAUGUGCUUCAGCUGUUGGCAGUUUGCACAUGCAGGACAGCAGUGUGUACACCCUAACCUAAACCUGGAAAACUCUCCUUGUAUUCUCUCGUGUCUGUACCGUGACCUACAAGGCAGCCUGUACAGGAGAAAACAGUCUGUAGCACAUAACACCUGCCUGCACAGCUUCAGGGUACCCAAAUGACACGUGUCCAGUGAAAACACCUGUGCUCAGAACCAGCUUUGCACCACCUGUGGUUUUGAGUGCUGUUCUGACACAACUGGGUUUUCCAGGUUUACCAGAACCGACACAUGGGAAUUCUUAGCCCUUGGUGCAGAGCCUCGUGUCACUGCACACCAGUGUCUGUGGCUGAUCCUUGAGGGGGGCACAGGGAGGUGUUUUUCACACCUCUUUCAAGGAAGUAGAGUGAUGUGAUAGUGUGAAGAGCCUUCAGUAGUGGUUGAUGGGAGGCAGAGAUUGAGACCAGGGGAAGAAACCCCCCCCACUGUGAGUGUGGGGUGGGAGAACGUGCAUCACUGUGGGAAUUGCGACAAUUCCUGGUCUGCAUUUCAGUGCUGUGAGCAGGGCUGCCACAAGCUAACAGUGACAGGAAGAGGUGAGCACAAGUGAUAGACAACUAUUGAGUUUAAGCUUCAUAUUUAUUUGUUUUUAAAAAAAUAUUUUCUUAAAAAUCACUGUGAAACUUCAGCUAUAAUUUCAAUGAAUAGUGAACAGUUUUAUGAAUAAAGUUUAUUUAAAAUCAGUGUGUCAGGAGCACCUUCCUCAGCAAUGGGAACAAGUUUCUAAUGGAUGUGUUUUGUCAGAUACGACGUAGCAUGUUUUGGAUAUCUCUGUUUCUCCUAAACUUAAAGGUGUGGUGGUUCCGUCGUUUAUUGUUAUCUAGUUAGGGGAAAUUACCUUCUAGGAAGUAUGGGCUAUGGCUUGGAAGGUCCUUGCUGUUUGUCUUCAGUGAUGUUUUGUUACAGCAUCACUGUAUUUAAUCUGGGCAGAACAACUGCUGCACUGCCUGCUUUUCCCUCGCAGUUCGAAUACAGAGAUGAAAUGCAGUAACUUCUAAGAGCUUGUAUGGUCAGCUUAGCAUUUCUCUGGCUUCUCCCUGCACACUUUUCCCAAUAAUCUCUUGCUUUAUAAGGACUAAUCCAUGACCUUUAAACGGCAGCUUGGAAAUGCUGUGUCAGCCUCAGUCACAGGGUAUCCAUGUCUGAGCUCCCCCAGGAAACCCUUCUGGGUGACACCUGUGCACUGUGGUUCUGACACACCUCCAGCCAGUAGAUAGAAAACUUCCAAACUGUACCCAGCAAAGGGGGUGAUGGCUGAGUGCCUCUGCCUCCACACGGGCCCUGCUGUCCUGGGGGCAGAGCAGAUUCACCAGCCAGAGCCAGCUGUGACCUCGCAUGCGCCGCUUGCCUUGGACCUCUGGGACGUCUGCUUUUUUUUCAGUGGUAAUUAUUAGUUUUAUUUUUUAAGUUCCAGGGAACCUCUAAGAAAGGGGUGAGUCGACUGGACAAACAGAUGCGGAAAUUCACAGAUAUCAGGAAAAAAAGCAGAUCGGCCCAUGCAGUGAAAAUCAGCAUUGAGGGUAAUAAGAUGCCAUUGUGACCCUUCACAGA